UAUAUUGUUUGGAACUUGGUGGUAUGAUUCUCUAAACUACUAAGCAUCUUAGAUCUGAUCGAAACCCUUCUGUUUCAUAGAUUCAAAGAGAGAAAGAAAGCAAAAAGUCCCUAUUUUGCAAAACUUGGUUUACUCAAAAACUGAAAAAUCAUCAGCAAUUGAGAAAUUAAUAACAACCCUGCUGCAGUUUUUUGAAGUUUGCAUUGGAUGCAACCCUCUGAAUUUUUUCAAGGCACCAAAGUUUCGAGCAAAUCUUUAAAGAGUGCACGUACCCUCCCCAGGCCUAGUCUAUCAGCAAAUCAUCAAACAUAGGAACUGAGUUUUAGACAGUGACAUGGAUGGAUACUCAUGUCCAAAAGCUCAACGUAACAAAAAGGGUAGUGGAAAUGGAAAUAUCCCUUCAAGAAAUGCCAUCACCACGAACGGCAAGAACCACCGGCACACGGUGGUGGACGAAGAUGAUGGUGGAGAUCCGAUUGAAUGCAGUGGGAAAUCCUGUAAGGCAUGCACCGGCAGCUUAAUCGCCGAUUGUGUAGCGGUUUGUUGCUGCCCCUGUGCUGUAGUGAACAUUUUGGCACUAGCAUUUUUCAAGAUUCCUUGGAUGGUGGGAAAGAAAUGCUUGCGAAUGGCGAAAAAGAAGAAGUUGGAGAAGAAGAGGAAAGAUGACAAGAGUUGCUGUUACAGUGCUGACCGCGUAAUGUAUGCGGACACUGUAGAAGAAGAAGGACAAGUAGGGACAUUGGGAAUGGUAAAUUCCCAAUUUGGGGAGGAAGAGUUAAAGGACAGUUUUCGUGCAAGAAUUGAUGCAGAAGAAGUUUGGUUAGAGUUGUAUCGAGUUGGUCAUAUGGGUUUUGGCAGAGUUUCUUUCACAGGAAUUAAUUCUUCUCAAGGUAAGGCCAAUUAGGUCAAAAAAUUUGUGACAGUUGUUUUCUUUUUCCUUUCUUCAAGCAUCUGGUUUCGGAAUUAAUUGACCCGACUCAUCUGGAUUUGCUCCAUAGAAAGCCUAUUAUGAGGGUUUUAACGCCAUCUUUCAAAGAAAAUACAUUUCCAGGUUUGAGGGUGAAGGAAAUCUUGAAACUGUUUUCGGUUCAGGCUUGAGGACAAGAUGCGCUUCCAAAUACAGAAUUUACCAUUUAGCCUUGAGACUGAAUAUUGGUGAACCAUGAUUACAACUGCAAACUACUGUGCCUCAGUUUCAAGUCGAAACCAUGAAUUUUGAAAGAAAUUAAAGAGGAAUAUACUAGUACUAGUUUAGUAUGUUAGCAAGAUUAGUCUAACACUUAUCUCUUUCGAUGCCAUUUACAUGUCAAAAAAAUCACAUUGUUUCUUCUUUGUGAAUUGUACAGUUAAUAUUAGUAAUGUUUUCUUGGAAUAACAUUGCCAAUUACUCA